AUGUUUGGAUUAACAAAUAGGUCAACUUUCAGCAUUCACAAAAAAUACCACUUGUAUUCAGCAUUUUUGCAUCAUCAACAAUUCAAAUAUUCUCAACAAAGCGAAAACGGCCAAUCUAAAUAUAAUGGCUAUUGGAAUUUACAAUUGCAACAGCCUGCACCCUCAUCAUAUUUGCAAGAUCCUUCGUACGAAGAACAUCAUCAUACCGAUAUAGCAUCAACAGCAAUAAAUACAAAUUCACCAGAAGAAAUCAAACCGGUAAUAACAAUUGAUGGAGAAUUGAUACCUCCAAAACCUGUUUUUCCUGAUAAUUGUUGCAUGAGUGUUUUAGACAUAUAUCAGGAUGACUUAAAUGAAUGGAAAGAAAAGACAAAUCGAAUAAGAGAACGAUUAUUACAAGAGGGCAAACCAUUACCACCAAUUCUACUGCAAUCUAAUGAUAAUACAAAAGAGGAUGAUAUUGAUCCUGGAAUGAAAGCAUUUUUGGAGUUGGAAAAAAAACUCGCAGGAACUUCUUCUUAA